GGGUUAGAUUAUUUUACCUUUUCACCACAAGGAUUCUGAAUGGACCACCUUAAGAGAGAGAGGAAGAUGAUCCGCGGAUAGUGGAAAGAGGUGGAGAAGUGGCCGGCGUGGGGCUGGCCGGCGGAGAGCUUGCUCAGGUGGAAAGAGCUUCGUGCUGAUAACGUGUUAAGAUUUGAGAGAAGGUUUGUGAGAAUGUGUUGUAUAUUUUUUAUUGCUUACACCACUAUAUAUAGUGGUUCAUACAAGGUGGAGUCAAAUGAAGAAUUGAUUACAAAAAUACUCUACAUAAUGACAUGGUCAAACUCAUAAAGACUAAGGUUGAAUAAGUAUUCCAUGUGGCUAGAUGUAAACCUCUAAUAGACUCUAGUCUUGAAUUUGUAUGGUCUAGGUUAUGGACCAUGUGAUUCAUGACAGAAUUUAUAUUCUUUAUCCUUCAAUUUGUAACCAUGCACUUGUUUGUUAAUUGAGUGGUUGGAUUGUAUAUAAGAUUAGCGAAUAAGACUAUGAGUUGUAUUAUUGUUAUAACAAAUUAUAAAAUCGUUGUGUAUAUAUGUAUACUUAAGAGUUAAACUUAACUAAAAAAAUUAUAUGUAGCUUAUGACAUAUCUAAAUUUAUUUAAUUUUCACAAUAGUAUUUAUUAUAUUCUUUGGUUUGGGCUUCACAAACUUUUCGGGUUUCACGAUUAACGGUCCAUAAUAUCUACUCUCCUAGAUAUACACCUUGCUACCCAAGAUAUAUCUACUGUUCAAGACACACCUUGCUACCCAAGAUAUGUCUAAUAAAAACCCUCGAACCCUAAGAAGUUCUUCACGUUCUAACCAAUGGCUGCGGCUGCGAAGGACAUCGUGACACGGAGAGCUGUUGCGGGGACGAUUAAGCUGACUGUGCUGGCUGGGAAAGCAAGUCCAGAAACUCCUGUAAGUCCGGCGCUAGGUCCGUACAGGCUUAACAUGAUGGCAUUCUGCAAGGACUUCAACGCCAGGACUCAAAAGUACAAACCGGACACUCCUAUGGCCGUGAAGAUAACGGCGUACAUGGACCGCUCGUUUGAGUUCACCUUUAAAUCUCCUUCCGUGUCGUGGUACAUCAAGAAAGCAGCUGGGGUUGACAAAGGGAGCACACGUCCGGGGCACUUGACGGUAACGACGCUUUCGGUGAGACACUUAUACGAGAUAGCUAAGGUGAAGCAGACGGAUCCAUUCUGUCAGUAUAUGCCUCUGGAGUCGAUCUGCAAAUCUAUCAUUGGUACUGCCAACUCCAUGGGAAUCAAGAUUGUUCAGGAUUUGGAGUGAUUAAAGAGGUUAUUGCUUAAUCAUACUAUUUAUUCCUCAUUACCUUAUUUAUUAAUUGAUUUUGUGACGAAAAUACUAAUUCUCAACCAAAAUGAAAGAAUAUCAAACCUGACCGCAGUCGCUAUGGACUAGACCCAUUGAUACACCUAGUGUGUCGAAACAUCCCAAAUCCAUGAGGUUUAGUUUACACAUUAGCUAGUGUGUGUGCGCGUGUGUUUAUAUUUCACAUUGCAUUUUAUAUAUGUUUUGUUCUAAGUAUAUGUAUCUUUAUGCUAUGGAUAAGGGAUACUACAACGUGUAGAUUUUAUCUUUUGAAUCGAAUAUCAAAAUGAUAAUAGGUAUGGUAGCUAAGCUUUGCACCUUUAGGACUCUGUUGAAGUAGCCAAAGUUGACAAAAAUCUAAAAUCCCAUAAAACCAACUUGUUACUCGAACGAGUCAAAGCCAUGCCUCGUGUUUGUUACGUGUAGUCUAUGAGCAUUGGCUUAAGGCAUCAUCUUUAUAAGGCAUAUUAAUAAAAGUAUUAUUUUUGUAUAGUCAAAUGAUAAAACACUUUUGCUAAUUUCUUUUAACUUAAACAUAGAUUACUACUAAUUAACAUUUAAGAUUUUUUUUGCAACUUAAUUUUUUAAACUAAGUAAUUACAUUUAUUUCCAAAUUUAGAAAAAUAUUUGAAUUUUAGUAUUUAUUUAUUCUGAAUAUUUUAAUGUUUAUAUUUUCUGAAAUGUUAUAAUAAAAACUAAUGUGUUUUUGAAUCUAAAUUACUGUUAAUAUCCUUUGUAUAUUAUUGUUAUUUAUUGUAGAAUUGUAAAAUAAGCUUUGUGAUUGAAACUUAAUAGAUAUCAUUUCUAUUAUAGGUGAUAUUCUGUGCAUUACAAUUGUUUACAAGUUAAACAUAAAAAAUAAUAACAGGCUCUUUGGGUAAUAUUUUCUAUCAGGAAUUCAUUCGUAAGAAAAUACUUUUGUUGUUUAACUGCAAAACUAUUUAGUAAGAGAUUAUAAACAUAUAUGUUUUAUUUGGCCUAUGGCAUAAAAAUCUUGAAGCACGGCUCUGUAUGUCUCCAUGUUAAUAACGCAAGAUUCAUGUCAUUGUCAAUUAGUCACAGACGUUAUUUACAGAAUACAAAACCAUG